AGAGAGGCGGGGCGACGUGGGUCAGCUGACCGCGGACGGAGGUUGUUGUGGAUGCUCCGCGACGCUGAGCGGAGGGAGUCGCGGAAGGAGCCGUCGCCGUCGCCGUCGAGAUGCCCUCGGAGAAGAGCUUCAAGCAGCGGCGCACCCUCGAACAAAGAGUAGAAGAUGUCCGACUUAUUCGAGACCAGCAUCCAACAAAGAUACCGGUAAUUAUUGAAAGGUAUAAAGGAGAGAAGCAGCUUCCCGUGCUGGAUAAAACAAAGUUCCUGGUCCCAGAUCAUGUCAACAUGAGCGAGUUGAUCAAGAUUAUCAGGCGCCGCCUGCAACUGAAUUCCAAUCAAGCUUUCUUCUUACUGGUGAACGGACACAGCAUGGUGAGCGUCUCCUCACCCAUUUCGCAGGUGUACGACAGCGAAAAGGACGAGGAUGGAUUCCUGUACAUGGUAUACGCCUCGCAGGAAACAUUUGGCAUGAAAUCCUCUGUGUAGACCAGGCCCAGCGGCUUGUAGCCUAGGAUAGGUUUUGCCCCUCCCUCCCACAGGAAAAGAAAGGGAUGUUACUGGCCUGCCUGGCAGGUGUUUUCAUCGUACUUUUGUUUUGUUUGUGAAUAUUGAACAGAUGAGUGCCAGUAUGGACAAGCAGCCCAGCUCUGUAGACCUGCUAGAAGUCUGCACAGGCACACUUGCUUUUAAAAAGCCUCUGGAAUUUGACUGAAUCCAUGCUGCGCGUGUUAAGUUGCCAAUAAAAGGGAUGUUUGCUUUACUCCAAGCAUAGCGGUUGGGCUGAAUAUUCGUAGCAACCUGAAAUACAUGUGAGAGACAUCUUCUGUUUAAGCUUGUUUCGGUCCCUAAAAACUGUUUUUUUUUUCUCCAGAAAGGGAACAAAUAGGAGUAAAAGUUUGCUUGCUUUAACUCUUUGUUUUGAUAAGCCAGUGCAUGUGGUGGAGAGGAGGGGUGUGUGAAUAAUUCCCUCAUCCUGCUACCUUAGAAGAUAGACAUCAGAUUGCUAAUUAUAUUCCAACACUGCAGCUUUACUCUAGUUUUAGAAAGCGCGUAUUUUAAAACUAGGUUAUAUAUACACUUAACAGUUAUGUAAGAAACUUCUGCUUAUCAAGAAUUUGUUGUAUUUUAUUGUACACCUCCAAGCAUUGUUCCCCUCCCCAAGCCUCGGUAAGAGAGAGCCUUGUUUCAUGCUUCAGAUGGCAUUGGAAAUCUUGAAGAAAGGUUCUGAAAGCAGGGAUUUGAGGGUAACCAGCCGGAAAAAGCCACACAGUAGAGGUUGGCUGGCCUCUUGACCACUCACACUUUUUAAAAUUUAACAUACUGAUCUUUCUACCUGCUAAGCCCUUGUUCUCUGUUGGAAUGGAUGGCAUAAAGAACAAUUUUGCAUUGUAUCCUUACUGAAAGUCUUGGCUUCCUUCGGCCUAAGUUCCAGAUGCAGUGAAAUUCCAUUUUCCAUUGUGGGCACAGUCUGAAGUUACAAAAAGCAGGUGAAGAGUCUUCAAAUCAGUUAGAUUUUAAAAAUUCUUAGUUUCCUAACAAUUAUAUGGGAAAUAAAUCUUUUUUCUGUAAACAGGGUAUGUCCUAUGCAAAAGGAAUAUUCAGAUGUGUGUCCCACUUCUCUGUUGUAGUAAAUAUAUCCUUGUAUAUUAAUGUGUGUGAAUUUAAUUAUAGCAAGCUGAUUUCCAGGGGAGGGUAAGAGCACUGCUAAAUUUUGACACUUUGAAGAACAUCAAUCUUCUGCAGCUUGUACCAUUACAUGAAUCCAUCCAGUGCUUGUAUCUCCUUUUAAAUGUUCAUUGUGAGCUUCCACCUCACUGUUAAAGUUUUAAAAAGUUUUUUAUUCAGUUGAAGGUCUUCACGAUAGACAGCCAUCUUUAAAACUGUUGACUGAUUCUUGUACAAAUCUUUAAAAUGCUAAUAUGGAGGAUUCCAAUCCACAUUGAUUAGAAGUUGUGGUUAAUUACGAAACCCAUUUAAAAAUGGUCUUAAUGCAUGGUGUGCGAAGAACAGUAGACAGAAUUGAGCAGAAGUCAGUGCAUUCCCGCUACGAUGGCUUGGCCCAGAUGCUCUUCCUGUUGCAGAACCAUAUCAAAAUUAGGAGCUUCUGUGGCUUUAAAAGUGAUAUUUGUACUCCGGAAGAAGCCGGCCAACUUGAACUGUGGAACGUAACCGUGUCCAUUUCCGAAGGAUACUUGAUUCCAAGUGAGACACUGAGGCAAAGGCAUGUUGGCAGCAGGAGCACCAGAGAGAGCUCAUGCCAGAGGAAUCUGACUGGAUAACGUCCUGGGCUGAAGUGAAGCUGUUCUGAAUCCUGCAGAUCCGCCAUGUAAAUGGACAACGUGCAGAAAACAAGCUGUUGGACAGCUUUGCGGUACCUGCCUACAGCCCCCAGUUUUGAAAUAAUGCAUGUUUGUGAGCCUUUGGUUGAACCAACAGAGCUUGUUGUAAGCUUGAUUCUUUCCUUUUGCCUCUUAACUGAAAAUAAAAGAACCUAUUAAAGUGAGGAUGUCUGAAAAAGA